CAGGCUCACGAAACCACUUCUGUCCCCAACAGGCAACUGUUCUGCGACUUUGGCCCGGAGAUGAUCGUGCUGGAUACGAACGGGGAGCAGCCUCUGAGCGCCAUGAUCUCCAUGAUCACCAAGGACAACCCAGGGGUGGUGACCUGCCUGGAUGAGGCGAGGCACGGCUUCGAGACCGGCGACUUUGUGACCUUCACCGAAAUCCAGGGCAUGAAGGAGCUCAACAACUGCGACCCAGUGGAGAUCAAAGUCUUAGGUCCAUACACGUUCAGUAUCUGCGAUACCUCAGCGUUCUCUGAUUACGUCCGCGGGGGCAUCGUGACUCAAGUGAAAAUGGCCAAGAAGCUGAGCUUUGUGAGUAGCAGAGCACAUGCGCACACGCUGUCUUGCCUCGCAUGCCGGCCCGCGUUCCUCAGACCUCUCCGCUGACUGACCGGCGAUUGUCUCUCUCUCUCUCUCUUUUC